AGCAAACUUCCCAUCGAUUUGGCGACUGGAGAGCUGUCGAAUGUGUGCGCGCACCGGCCGACGACCGUUGAUGACCAUCCAACGUGCAGUGUGGGCACAAUACAAGGCGGCAUCAAAUCGACACGACCCGCGACAUCCACGACCACAUGCUCGUUGAACUUCACGGUGUACGACAUUCUGAAAAAUUGUAAGGUUAAAAUGAUGUCCCUUAGAAAGAGUACUGCCUGGAUGGCACCGGCUGCAAUGCGGUUCGCCCGCAUGAGCAGCCAGGUCGGUGACAUGGGAUCCGGCGCUGGACGGGGUGGCGGCGGCGGUGGCUCAAUCCGUGAAGCCGGCGGCGCUUUUGGCAAGAUGGAAGCCGCCCAUGAGGAGGAGUACUUCUACAAGAAGCGCCAAGAGCAGCUGCACAAACUGAAGGAAAAGCUGAUCAAGCACGAGGACUUCCACGAGGAAUCGAUUAAGCACCACGAAGAGGCCAUCGCUCGCCACAAGAAGGCUAUCGAAGAGUUGAAGAAGUAGUGGGCGAGCUUGAUGGGGGAUAUAUCAGUGCCUUGUGCUUACUUCGAAAUUAUUGUGUCUUUUGGAUUAAAUUUUUUUAGUUAUUCUGAAACAAA